AUAUUUGCACGGGACUUUUAACCUCCGAUGGAGGGAAUAAAACCGAUGGAAAAUGUGUCGCAUGUGAAGAUCGUGUGCCCGCUGCCGGAGGAGCUGAGCGUGAUAGCGAACAAUGUUAAAUGCGAUAAAUGCGGUCUGGUGUUUAAGAACGAGCCGCGGUACCGAUUGCACGACCUCAAAGUGCAUCAACGUAAAAAUUUGGACAAGGCGACAAAGCAGAAUGCACGGUACCAUUGUCCGGUGGAAUCCUGCGUUUACGCUCUCAAUGCUGGCGAGAGGUACUUUGCCAGUAUGAAAUAUUUGAAACAGCAUUACCUUAAGGUUCACGCGGAGAAGACGCAUGCAUGCGUACGCUGCGAGAAAAGUUUCUCCACCGAGGCGGCCAAGGAAGGCCACACGAGAGUAUGCGGAAUUGAAUUUACAUGUUCCUGUUCCAAGACUUACACCUCUUACGAGGCAUUGCUCACCCAUGCAAAAAGAUCUUUACACAAGAUAAAUGAAAAGUAUAAAAAUUUGCUGAGGCGCUCGAAUUCUAAGAGAAUGAGAUUGAUCCUGUCCACCAGUCAAACAGAAAUAAACAAACUGAUUACGAUACUACCGACGAGCCAGAAUGGGAACGGGAAUAAAGCGUGCAAGAAAAGUACGUCGGACAUCGCUACGCAAACCGACGACUGCAGCAGAAAGAAUAAAAGAGUAUUGAAUCCGUUGAAGCAGACUGACAGUGCUAGUAGCUAUUGUUACAGUGAAAAACGUGCAAUUUCUAAACAUACGCAGACGGAGAGCUCUCUGAAAGUUAAGCAGAGAGUAACGUCUAUGGAAACCCAGACCACGUUCAAGAAUUCGUUGAAAGACAAGACAGAACAGAGACAUGGAAGGAAUGUGUCUCAAAAUUCCGAUUACACCCUGUUAAAGGAGGAGGACCUGAAUCUUGCCAAUUUCACGUCCUCGAACUUAUUCCCGAACAGUCCUCUACCGCUUCGUCACGACGACGACGACGAAUUACAAGAUUUCUGGGAGGAUAAAAGUACGUCCGGCACGCAGACGAUACCUGAGAAAGAUAUGUUUGAAGUUCUGAACGAUAACGUCACUCAAACGGAGUACGACACGUUUUACGAUCACAAUCCGUUGAUACAGUGCGCCACUCCGAAGAGUAGUACAGUAGCUUUAAUGACUUUGCCUUACGUCGAAGAGGCAUCGUCGACGGUCGAAGGAUACGCCUUCGCGUCUUCGAACAGCAAACUAUCGCGAUCAGAUCCGAUGCUGACCGAUAAAACUUUCGACGACAGGUUCAGCAGCAUCGAGACGCAAACGGAACAAGCUUAUUCCCAACCGUUCGGUUUCGACCCGGACCCGUUGACCAGGUCGUUUGCGUUGAGCUCUACCAUCGAGACGCAGACCACGAAUAAUCUCGACAACAUGGAGCAGUUGUUGUACAGUAACACGUGCACGCAAACUUGCAACGAGAUGUUACCGUCGGAUUUAGGAUUGUCGAAUAUUCAGACCCAAACGCCUUGGUCUCAGCUGGAGGAUACCACGGUCUCGGCCGAAACGCAAACGAAAUCGUUGAUUUGCGAAACGGGUUGCAACAUUCCGAUGAGCGUCUGUCGCUCCUGGCUGAGCACUCAAACUAGUCACACCGAAACGCAGACCGAUCUAUUUAGCAUUUUCGAAGGUCUCCAGUAGUAAGGGAAUUGUUUAUUGUGAUCGUGCAGGGGUUUGCAUUUAAUAUCGCAGGAUAAGACUAACACGACCCGAAUUACUUCAGUUCAGUUACUUUGGUAUUUCGUUUUCAUUUAUACUUUACUACCAAAUAAUUAUUUAAGUUUCGCGUAUAAUAUGUGCAAUUCGCGUUGACAGAGCGAUUAUAUGUAACGAUCGAAAACUGCAUUUCGUUUUUGAGAAAGAAGAUGUCUCGAAUUUACACACAAGUUACACAAUGUUCACUGCCAACAUAUACAAAAUAUAUGUUUAUACACAUAUGUCUCCAGAAUAAGAAAAUACAUAUUCCAGGCAAUGCGAGUACAAUUUACUAAUAAAACUGUUGGUCUCGAACGAAAUGAAAUUUUAAGGGGGCAAACAAACCUUGAAACUUUUCGUUUACAGUAUUUUAUAACUUGACGAAAAUAGUCAAAGAUAAAUAAAAUUUAAUACGGA